UAUUUAGUCAAAUAGUCAUCAUUAUAUCUAAAAGACUUUGAAGUUCAAUUAUUAUUUUUUCCCUUCUCUUACUUUCUCACUCUUUCUAUUUCAUCUCCCUGUUUCUCACAGAGCAGGUCUCACAUGGUCCAUUGGGUGAUAACAGUGUCCUAUCUCUCCAGAUGGUGUUCCUGUGAGAGCCCUGUGAGAGCCUUGUUGACUGCACUGUGGAUGGGCAGGAGGGAGGAGGAGGAGGGCCCUGGUCACUCGAGCUUUGUGUGACGGGGCACACUUCCUUUGUGUGUCUGCCCCAGUGUCAUUAACACUGAAGUGUGGGAAGCUCAGGAGCACGGCGGCUCUCACGUUCCACUGGGGCAGGAAGGGAGCGUGUGACUGGGACAGUGCGGGCAGGUGUGUCCUGUGUGUGUGUGUGUGUCUGCAUGUAGCAAUGCUGGCAAUCCAUAUCUACAUGUGUAGCUUUCCAAAACUCAAUUUUGGAUAUAUAUACUGGGUUAAAGUUCAGACUAUACAUGGCAGUUACAACUGUGCAAUGUUUAUAACACAUAAAUCUACUACCUGACAAAUAUACAGAUCACACCAAAGUCUAACUUAAAACUUUAAUGUUACCCAAUCAUCACUCCAUUGAUACAUCUUUACAUGACAUGACACCAAAGAUCCAAGGGUAUGAACAGAUCCUCAUGGAUAUGAAGUUAGGCUAUUGAAAACAACCUGUUUGAUUAAGCUAGUGGACACACAGUAGCCCCAUGAGCUAUUUGACUCACAGUCCUGUCUGUCUCACACCCACGUGUGCCCUGUGCCAAAACACUUUGUGCUCACCCUUUAUUCUGUGAUCCUGGCAAGAGACGAGCACACUCCUUCCUCUGGGGUCACCACUUUCCCAGAUCCACAACGCAGUGCCAUGUCUGCCCCCCUCCCUCCACUCCCUCUCCCUCCCCAUCCCUCCACCUGCUCCCUGGAGGCACACUCUUUGUCCCCUCAGCAAUAAACACUUCAUUGAGCAUGUGGCAGCCCAGCAUCUCUCAAUGCCCUUCCCAGCCCUCUCAUUGGCUCCGGACUGUGAGAAACUCCAACAAGCCCAAGACCCACACAUUCAUAUGGAGAUUUAAGAGUAUAAAUAGGAGGGAGAACCAGAGGGAAGACAGCACAUAUCCAAUUGGCUCUUUACUGAGACUUCAGCUCAACAGAAUUACUACUGCUACAGCCAUGGCACCAACUAUGAUUAGACAGAUGACCAACCCUAAGCAGCACCUCUCACUUACUAAGGUAAGGAAGCCAGUGGUGGAGAAGAUGCGUAGGGAUCGCAUCAACACCAGCAUUGAGCAGCUCAAGUCCCUCCUGGGUCCUGAGUUCCUCCGCCAGCAGCCCGACUCCAAGCAGGAGAAGGCCGACAUCUUGGAGAUGACUGUCUAUUUCCUGAGCUGCCAGCAGCAGGCAGGAAGUUCCUCCACCACGGCAGCCAAUGAGGGCUACUCUCGCUGUGUGCAGGAGGCUGUCAGCUUCCUGUCUCAGUGUGAGGUGAAGACACAGUCCCACAGCUCGCUGUUGAGCCACUUCCAGAGCCUGCAGACAUCCAGCCAACACAGCCAGGCUCCCUGGUCCUUCUCCCCACCGGGCUCCCCAAUCCACCAGGCCACCACCAAGGGUGUGAUGAGCCCCGUCUCCCAUCCACUCUGGAGGCCUUGGUAGAGCAACGCUUCAGACUUUUUCAUGUCAGACAAACGGAACUGGACAGGCCAGUCUAUAUUAUGACAGGCAUGGACAGUGGUGUUCGGAGUGACGGAUGUCUAAUUCUUUUGCAUUUGGUAAGAGAUGCUACGUCGAUAGUCUUCAUGAAGCAAGGCCAGAUGAAGCAAGGGCAUAUUUUGCCAGUAUUCCUUUGAAAGGAAGGAUUCUAUGAAAUGAUUCAGAUUGGUUUGGAUACAUACUCUGUAUAUGAAAAUGUACACUGAUUUAAUAAUGUUUCUAUUAUGCUUGUUCUUGUCUGAGAACGAUAACUCUGAAAGUACAAACAGAGUUAAAUUAUGCUAAUAACAUACUUUUAUUGUAUGUCUAACCCAUAAUGGGUUGCUACUGUUUAUUUGGUGUCUGUGACACCGCCUGUUUGUUUGCAUUUUUAAAAAACUAUUUACAAUGAAUUGUCACUGAAUGAUACAAUGUAUCAAUUUGGUGAUGUAUGAAUAUUAUGCUACAAAUGGAUCCAAUGGAUCUACUCUAAAUGUACAUCAAGUUAUGAUUAUGUAACAUUUAUGUUAUUAAUAAUACAAAUAUUAAAUGUUUAAGGAAAACGCUAAAACGUUAAUUCUAACUUCGAAAUAGACACCUUUCAUAAAAGCAUUUUGUGUAUUCAACAAAAGUUUUUGUAAGUUUGUUUGCCUUUAUUGGUUUAAAUUACACUAUUUGGAGUGACAUGCCA